AUGAAACGGGUUUUACUUGCAGGCCGUCUAUUAGGUUUUGCAAGCCUUCUGCUGCCCCCUGCUUAUCCUGAAGCUUAUCCGCCAUCUGCAGUGGAGUUUGUCUCCGAUCAAGCUCGAAUUUAUCGCUCGUUUACGCUUCAUCCUAGUCACGAUGCGGCGGCAGGACUGGCAGGCCUGCCAGUCACGGUGACUAAGACCAAACGAUACACAUCCGCACCACUAGUCACAGAGCUAAUUUGGCUACCAAGCCCGCAUGAUCGCAUGGCAAAUUGCGGCCAACACAUUCGACGGCAAGUUUUUCCGAAGUUCUCAUACGGACUCGAAUUUGACGUGGCCGUGCUGGUAAAGAAGUUGGACAUCGACAUCCGCACAAAUUAUGUUCAAGGUCUGUUGAACAAUAACAUAUUCAUCUACGGUAAACUACUACAGUCCACUUCAAUGUCACAUACCGUAGCGGUCAUUGCGACAGGACACGCACUACCAGAGCAGAAGUGGUUGUCACUGGAUCACCAAAACGGGCUCGAGACAGACUACCAACAUGGCGCGGACUCAGCACGUGGUGACGACACGGAAACUCUUAAAGAGCUCGUGGCAUCAUGGGUGAAUAUCGAGUAUAAUCCGACUCUUCUCAUCAGGUGGAUGACAAGCACCAUCGGGGUUGUGCGAACGAUGCAUGCGGUAAACUUCACUUCCCAGCGGGAUGGCGGUGGGCAGUCUCAGUACUGGAUGUUUGGGCCUGGAUUCAGUACAUAUGUCGUCGCCUCUGACUGGGAACUACCUGUGUUGUCGAUAUACAUGCUCACUGCCCAGGUUUGCACUUACCAGAAUAUCGCCAGUUUCUUUGUUGAUAUCUUCGGCAGAGGUGCUGGUGGCUGGGAUCCAGAACGCACGAAGCAGGUUACAGCUCAGUCAACAUCCCCGAUCUCCGUGUCAAGCGCUCGUCAAGGAAACAUGAAAAAAAAAGUCCUGACUCAACCGCCGCUUCUUGAUUGA